AUGGGUCUGGGCGCGCUCGUAAUUGCUGAUCUGGUACUGGCUUUCUCUAGGGCUAGCGCGUCAACUCUCUACGUCGCCUCAUAUGGUGGUACAGUAUCUACGCUCUCUUUGAGUGGCAACGCACUCGUCAGUAAAUCCGUCAACACCCACUGCGGAUCAGCUUCAAAUCAUGCCCCAACAUGGCUCAAACUGGACAAAACGAACAAAGUACUAUACUGUCUUGGUGAGGAUCGCUUGAUCAACUCAUUUAAGACGUCUGUGGAUGGGGCCUUGUCCUUCAUCGACCAAAAGGCCACUAUAAAGGGGCCUGUUAGCAGUAUCUUCUUCAACGACAACGUGGCCAUUGCGCUUGCUCACUAUGAUGGAUCGUCCAUCUCUACAUGGUCUAAGUCUCCCAGCGGCACCAUUGCUCCAAUCCAAAACAUCACCUUCACCCCAGCUACAUCUGGCCUCAACCCCGACCGUCAAGCGGCUCCCCACGAGCACGAAGCCAUCCUCGACCCAAUAAGCCACUUCCUACUCUUCCCUGACCUCGGCGCCGACCUCGUCCGCGUCUUCUCCUUCAACCUCUCAACCUCGCUCCUCUCAGCCCAUGACCCCCUAAAGGCCGCAUUGGGCUCAAGCCUACGCCACGCCGUCUUCUGGUCCCCCGAGACGCCCUACACGCAGGGUAUACCCCUCUUUUUCUUCCUGAUCGCCGAGCUCUCAAACGCCAUCACGAGCUACUCGGUCACGUAUCCCAAGUCCGGCGGCCUGGCAUUCACAGAGGUGCAGAAAGUCACCACGUUCGGCGGCAAGCCCGUACCAAGCACUGCCGCAGCGGCUGGGAUUGUUGUCUCCCCUGAUAACAAAUUCAUUCUCAACUCUAACCGCAUGGAUUACUCCUUCAUCACCGCGAGCCCCGAUCCCACCAACAGCACCGAGAUCGCGUCCAACUCUAUUGCUGUAUGGAAGCCGAAUGCUAUCGGAAUUCUAGAGUUUCCGAAUGCUAUCGGAAUUCUAGAGUUUGUCCAACUCGCGCUAGCUGGUGGAACCGGCCCACGCUACUUUAGCUUCAACGCGGCUGGUGACAUCGUGAGUGUUGGAUUGCAGCUGAGCGAGAACGUGGCCAUCAUCAAGAGAGAUGUGAAGACAGGUAAGCUGGGAGAUAUUGUCGCGAAUCUAGCGGGUGGUGGGGCAAUCACGAACGUGAUCUGGGAUCAGUGA